GCCAGAUGGAUCGUGACACUCAUGCGCAGGGACGGUGACAAGAGCAGGGAUACUGCGCAUGUCCGAAACUGCCAAAUAUGAACGCUGCUCCAACACACGAACAAACCAGGUAUUGGGACAAUCAGCGACUUCUUCCAUAAGUCUGUAAUUAUCCCAGUGUUCAUUGACCGCUGGAACAGCUUCUGGAACGGUAAUGUGAGCUGGUCUGCGCAUGCCUGAAGUGCCUUGCUGCUGACGCCGUCUGGACCAUAAGGUUUUUUGAACAUCAUGGGCGGUUGAGAAACUCACCCUUGACAUAUCUUUAGUGAGGAGCACAGAAGGCUAGUUAGACUAGGCUAUAUUCCAGACCAGACCCCUCAGCCGCAGUCCAGAAGCUAAUGCAGCCAUGGCUGAGGAGGACUAUGGCUGCUUUGUGGACUGGACCCAAAUGGGGGACAUGGCCAAGAGCAGUGGCACCUCCAAAUUGGACGUUAAGGACCACGUGGAGCUCAAAAAGCUGGCCAGGCAGGGUUACUGGUCCAAGAACCACAAGCUCCGUGCCCAGGUCUACCAGCAACUCAUUAAGGCAAUCCCCUGUCGAACCGUGACACCCGACGCCGAGGUCUACCGCGACCUCAUGGGCGACGACACAGGUAAAAAAGCCUUGUCCUCCAUCCCACUGCCAGACUUUGUGGACGGCAGCGCUGUGCCGCACUACUGCCUCAUGGCAGACGCAGUGACCGCCGUCCACCGGGUCAUCUCCUGUCUGGAGGGACAGUUCCCGGACAUCUCGCACUGCCCGGCGCUGCCCGCGAUGACAGCCCUCCUGCUGCACUUCAGUGCCAACGAGGCGCAGUGCUUCGAGCACGUCAGCCGUCUGCUGGCCUGCAAUGAGCCGGGCCAACGCUUUGUAGACCAGACCUUCCUGGCCUAUGAGUCCAGCUUCAUGACCUUUGGCGACCUGGCCAACAAGUACUGCCCGGCAGCCCACAAGCUCAUAGUGGCUACAGCGCAGGACGUGGUGGCGGUGUACUCGGACUGGCAGCGCUGGGUGCUAGGUGACCUGCCCUUCAGCCACGUGGCAAGGGUCCUAGACGUCUUCCUGGUGGAAGGAUACAAGGUGUUGUACCGUGUUGCCCUGGCCCUGCUCAAGUUCUACCGCAAGCAGAAGGCUGGGGAUGGAACACAGCAAUCAGAGGGCCAAAAACAGGACUCUGCGGGGGUCAAGGCAGAGAUCCAGGCUUUCGUCAAGACCAUCAGCUCCUACAUCACCCCGGACAAGCUGCUGGAGAAGGCCUUCUCUAUCCGCUUGUUCAGUCGCAAAGAGAUCACUCUCCUGCAGCUCACCAACGAGAAAUCGCUGCAGCAGAAGGGCAUCACUGUCAAACAGAAGAGGCGGACCGUGCAGCUGGCUCUGAACCCGGACACCUUCUCCUCGGCGGUAGUCAGCGCCAAGGAGAUGAAGGACAUCUGGUCGUGGAUCCCCGAGCGCUUCGCCCUAUGCGAACCGCAGCUCCUCUUCACCACCUCAACCCAUGGCUGCAGCCUCAACAGGUUCUACGCUCAUGUCGAAGGCUAUGAGCCCACUCUGCUACUCAUCCGGACCUGUGAAUCUGACGUAUGUGGAGCCUUCCUCUCUACAGAUUGGGAGGAGCGCAAGCGAGGCGGGAACAAACUCAGCUUCUUUGGGACCGGAGAAUGUUUCAUCUUCAGGCUGAAGCCGGAGAUGGAGAGGUAUGAGUGGGUGGUGAUCCGUCACCCGGAGCUAGCCUCCACCAUCAAGGCCCAGAGCAGUGAGGUCCCUGCCGAGGACGAGGCUCCCCCUGACAAGCAGAACUCGGACGGCAACCGCCUUCCCGUGGAGAGGCCAGCCACUGACCCAUCUGAUCGCCUGUCGCCCUUCCUCUCAGCCCGACACUUCCAUCUCAACUCCAGGAACACCUCCAUGUUCAUGGCGGGCAACUUUGACUCCAUCAUAGUGGGGGGAGGCGAGGGCAACGCGCUGUACAUCGACAGUGAGCUAAACCACGGACGCACAGCCCCCUGCACCACCUUUGACAACCCACCACUCUGCUCCACCGAGAGCUUCCAGGUGGCCCUGCUGGAGGUGUGGGGCUUCAAGGACACCAUGGCCUCAGAUAGAUAGAUAGACACACACACUCACAGUUCGAGAUACACACAUCCCACCAAGGGCCUGAUGAAGCUACCUGCAGUAUCAGAACAAACCCCUUUCUGUCCAGUCCAUUGAACUCUACAUAAAUUAAUUUAUCCAUUGAACUCUACAUAAAUUCAUUUAUCCAUUGAACUCUACAUAAAUUCAUUUAUCCAUUGAACUCUACAUAAAUUCAUUUAUCCAUUGAACUCUACAUAAAUUCAUUUAUCCAUUGAACUCUACAUAAAUUCAUUUAUCCAUUGAACUCUACAUAAAUUCAUUUAUCCAUUGAACUCUACAUAAAUUCAUUUAUCCAUUGAACUCUACAUAAAUUCAUUUAUCCAUUGAACUCUACAUAAAUUCAUUUAUCCAUUGAACUCUACAUAAAUUCAUUUAUCCAUUGAACUCUACAUAAAUUCAUUUAUCCAUUGAACUCUACAUAAAUUCAUUUAUCCAUUGAACUCUACAUAAAUUCAUUUAUCCAUUGAACUCUACCUAAAUUCAUUUAUCCAUUGAACUCUACCUAAAUUCAUUUAUCCAUUGAACUCUACAUAAAUUCAUUUAUCCAUUGAACUCUACAUAAAUUCAUUUAUCCAUUGAACUCUACAUAAAUUCAUUUAUCCAUUGAACUCUACAUAAAUUCAUUUAUCCAUUGAACUCUACAUAAAUUCAUUUAUCCAUUGAACUCUACAUAAAUUCAUUUAUCCAUUGAACUCUACAUAAAUUCAUUUAUCCAUUGAACUCUACAUAAAUUCAUUUAUCCAUUGAACUCUACAUAAAUUCAUUUAUCCAUUGAACUCUACAUAAAUUCAUUUAUCCAUUGAACUCUACAUAAAUUCAUUUAUCCAUUGAACUCUACAUAAAUUCAUUUAUCCAUUGAACUCUACAUAAAUUCAUUUAUCCAUUGAACUCUACAUAAAUUCAUUUAUCCAUUGAACUCUACAUAAAUUCAUUUAUCCAUUGAACUCUACAUAAAUUCAUUUAUCCAUUGAACUCUACAUAAAUUCAUUUAUCCAUUGAACUCUACAUAAAUUCAUUUAUCCAUUGAACUCUACAUAAAUUCAUUUAUCCAUUGAACUCUACAUAAAUUCAUUUAUCCAUUGAACUCUACAUAAAUGUGAAAUAUUUGUAUUUAUUCAUGUAAAACAAGUAUCAUACUCUGAAAGUGUUUUUAUUUGUGAUUCUUUUUUUUACAGAUGUUUUAUUACAUUGUAUUACUAUUUUUGUUGACUCUCAUUGAGGGGUUUGAUGGCGAAAAGCAGCUCUGUUGUCUGGAAUGAUCAAAUGUCAUCAUUUUACACACUCAAGUAACGUCAUUUCUGUGUUCACUUUAUACCCACUCCUUAAUUUGUGCAAUCUGGUUAUGCACCAAACCAACCGCCAAAAUGGUGGUAAGCAGGCCUAUAAGGCCUGUAUGCACUAUAUCGAACAUAGGCAGUCUACCCAGCUAUCAGAACUGCUGAAGUAUGGCUGUUGUGCAGCCAUAUUCUCAACAGAUGUCUUAGCUCUGAGCACAGCAGUACAUUAGAGAGGCCCCUUUGUAAAGUAUGUGAAUAUUGUUCUUUGACUGAUUUUUAUUGAUAGUGUGAAAGGGUUAUCAGGUGAGAUGAAGACCAUAUCCACGUCCCUCAUCAUUUAGGUGCACAAUCUGUGGUAAAGCUAUCUGUGUAAGUAAUGCAGUAUUAAUCUGUCUUUCUAUUUCUCUAUCCGUCCUACAAACAAUAUCAUCCAAAAAAUUGCAGAAUAUGUACGUUCUUGUGCAGAGACUCAACUGUAUAUCAUUGAAUAUCUGUGUUGUAUUGAAGAAAAUCCCCCAGUGAAGUAUUGAUUGAAAAAUUACAGAUCAUUAUACAGUUGAAGUCUGAAGUUUACAUACACCUUAGCCAAAUACAUUUAAACUCAAUUUCACAAUUCCUGACAUUUCAUCUGAGUAAAAAUUCCCUGUCUUAGGUCAGUUAGGAUCACCA